GGUACCCUGCUGCUACUCAAGCCAUUCUCCAUUACGUUUACACCUGAUUUUGUGCGUAAGAGGAAAGCCCUGUUUCAGGCCCCGUUUUCCGCGUCUUUAAUUAUUUAUUUUCGUGUAAACUGCAGUCUUGAUAUAAAAACAUUGAUGGUCGAUAAUUUAGCCCUGCGCUGAGGGCCCCGGGGAGAACAGCAAAGGAUUACAGUCAUCUCAGAGCUCCGUUUUUAUCCGGUGAUAUGGCUCGACCACGGCCGCGGGAAUACAAGGCAGGAGAUUUGGUUUUCGCUAAGAUGAAGGGAUAUCCGCACUGGCCGGCGAGGAUUGACGAGCUUCCAGAAGGAGCUGUCAAACCACCGGCCAACAAGUACCCCAUCUUCUUCUUUGGCACCCAUGAAACUGCCUUCUUGGGUCCCAAGGAUCUUCUGCCCUACAAAGAAUAUAAAGACAAAUUUGGCAAAUCCAACAAGAGGAAAGGCUUCAAUGAGGGCCUGUGGGAGAUUGAGAACAACCCUGGAGUCAAGUUCACUGGCUAUCAGGCCAUCCAACAACAGAGUUCUUCAGAAACAGAAGAGGGGGGAAACACUGCUGAUGGUAGCAGCGAGGGGGAGGAGGGUGACUCUGUUGAAGAGGAGGAUGACAAGGAAAAGCUGAAGGGAGACAAGACUGGAUCCAAACGGAAAAAGAUGGCUUCAUCUAAGAUGGAGCCAUGUUUUUGCUGCCGACUGAGGACAGUGUGUAACUGUAGUGGUGCAAAAGCCAUCGCUUCUGUAAAUGGAAGCAGGUUGAAAAAGUCACUCGCAUCCUGCUCUUCUCUUAGCAACCACUGUUGCCUAGCAACUGGGGUCCAUUAUGUACAGCACAUGUGCAUCCAAAGGAAUCUGGCGCUGCUGGGGUGCGGUGUGCUGAUGUGUGUAUCCCAUCACAUCGUUCAAACACAAAAAGUGCUGGUUCUUAUUACGAGCCUUACACAGAGGAGGUGAAGUCACCCCAGAUUAGAAAUGUAAAAUGAGAUAAGAGCUAGGGAAAUUAUUUGAUCCUGAUUCCCCUCGCAGCCCCACCCUCUUUCAAAUGCACACAAACACACUAACCAGUGAUUAAGCUGCUGACAUUAAGAUCAAGCUCUGAAGUAUUUAAGCUUUUACAAAAUGGCUGAUAGUUUAAGUUACUGCUACUCCCAGUGCAAGUGCUGCUGUUUUUCUUACUAAAAUGUAGAAGACCCUCUUAAAUUGGGUCACUUUUGAAAUAGUUAAAAUUGGGAGGAAAACCACAUAAACCACAGUCAUUGAAUGAUUAAUGCAAUGGGGAAAACACCGCUGUGAAAAAGUAGCUCCACCCUCCUGAUUUGUUAUUUUUUACAUACUUGGCACUCUUAAAUGUUGAGAUCUUUAAAAAACAGACAACGGUAACUCAAGUAAAUACAAAAUGAUUCAAACCUUUAAAAAAUUCAACCCUUUUAGCUCUAUGCUAUUUCUUAACCAUUGUGUCUCGUCUGUGCUUUUUGUCUUAAAAAAGCUUGUAAAAAAUCAACCCUGUGGUGCACGGUCUUAAAGCACUAUCAAACAGCUUUGAUCUCAUACAAGUUAUCAAAGAACCCACUAGAAUAACAAACUCGUCAGCGACAUGUAUAGAUGUGGUCUUCAGUAACAAACAUGAAAGGAUACAAAAAAAUCUUCAACAUGGUCACAGGACUGUCUGACCACAACAUGAUCCUGUUCUCAAGAAAGUUAAAGAAAAACAGAUGUACUUGCCCCCCCCCCAGUGUCAAGUCAGAACAGUUGAGAAUACCAAAGUGUGAAACUAAGAAUUUGAAAAAUUGCCCUGAGUGAAAUAAACUGGUCUGAGCACCAGUUUUUAAUUUGAAUGAAGUCUCUCAGUUGGAUGUAGAUUGAGUGCUCUGUGGCUUGAAAAACUCUCAAGCCAAGGACGCAUUUCAUAUGUACACAAUGUUUCUUAAAAUGCAUAAACAAUCACUCAUUGCUCCAAUGACCAGCAUCAUUAAUAAAUCUAUAACUGAAGGUACAUUUCCAAACUCAUGGAAAUCUUCAGUUAUCACUACGAUCUUUAAAUCAGGAGACUUUGCAACAAUCAGUAAUAAUAGACCGAUAAGCAUUCUCCCUGCAGUUUCCAAAGUAGCGGAAAACCUGGUGGCAGAGCAGCUUAUUAAACAUUUAAGUGACAGCCCUUACAACUUGAAUCCAAUGCAGUUUGGCUUCAGAAAAAAACACUACUGAGACGGCUAUUUGCUUUUUUUUGUUUUGGAAAACUUAAAGUCUAAAAUUGACAUUGGUGGUAUCAUAGGAGCUGUUUUUCUUGUCUUAAGAAAGGCAUUUGACACUGUGAAUCAUCAGACAUUACUAAUGAAGUUGUCAUAUUUUAACUUUUCUGUAAAAGCACUGCAAUGGAUAGAAUCAUAUAUUGGGCAGAGGAAACAGUGUGUUAGAAUUCACAAUACAACGUCCACAACUUCUGAAAAUAAUCUCGUGUACCUCAGGGCUUGGUCUUGGGACCACUUUUGUUUAGUCUGUACAUUAAUGACCUGCCUGAUUGUUGUCCUUCAAAUGUAGCUUUCCAGAUGUAUGCUGAUGAUGCAUUUGUGUAUGUGCACACUAAAACAAAAACCCAAGCUGCACAAGACUUAUCAGCAGCUAUGUCAAAUGUGUCCAACUGGCUGAAACGUUCCCAAUUGCAUCUCAACGUGUCAAAAACUUUUUGCAUGUUCUUUUCUUAAAAGGUAAAUGUUGAAGUAGCCGCUGACGUGCUUGUACAUGGAACAAAACUUGAAGUCUUACAGGAGUUUAAAUAUUUAGGAAUUAUUAUUGAUUCACACCUAUGCUUCAAACAGCAAGUAAAAAAAUUGUGAAUAGAAUAAGAUUCAACCUGUCCAACUUUAGAUACAUUCGAAACAACUUAACUAUUUACUCUGCAAAAUUAUACCUAAAUGCUUUGAUAAUGCCGUGUAUGACCUACUGUGUAACAACCUGGGCACUAGCAUGCAUACUAAAGCCUAUAGAAAUUGCAUAUACGCAGGCUUUAAAAGUUUAAGACAGAAAGCCCAACUCCCACCAUCAUUGUAACAUCCUAAAGAAAUAUGAAUUAUUGAGUUGGGAAAAUAUGGUAACAUAUGCAGACGCCACCUUAGUCUUCAAGAUUCUACAUGGUCUAGCACCACCACCGCUAAAAGAAUUUAUGAAGAUAAACACAAACAGGUCAACCAGAGCAGGGUCUAGAGGUGACUGGCUGGCUCCUUUUAGGAAAAGUGUCUUUGGGCAGUCAGUUUUUUCUUCUGAAGCAUCUCAUUCAUGGAAUCGAAUACAAAGUAACGUACGUGACUUACCAACACUUACUUCUUUUGCUAAGCAUCUAAAAAUGUGGUUAUUAGAGAAUCAAAGCUGCAGUCACAAUGAAUGAAUGGAUAUACUGUAUUGUUAUGUGUAUUGUCAAGUGCACUAGAUGUAAUUGGUGUUAUUUUUUAUGUAAUUGUUUGGUUGUUGGGGACUCUGUUUGUGACUAGCCAGUCUAGUGACCUUAUCUGCUUACAUAAAUUUAUGUAUGCAAAUCUUGUGAUAUAGUGCUUACAUAAUUAAACCUAUGUAUGCUAACCUGUGCAAUAACACCUGCACACACACGUCUGUGUGUGUAAAAUAAGUGCAAUAGGGCAACGUGCAGUAUACAACAGCACUUUAAAACUCUUGCACUCAAAGCACUUUAGCACGUAAAGCACUUUAACUGAACAAGCUAAAUCCUCAUGGUUUCUUUUUCCUGAUCUGUCAUGAGUCUAUUGUCUGUCUAGGUUGUUUAUUGUACUUUUCAUUCUUAUCUGUCAUUUUAUUCUUUACCUUUUAUUUCUAUUGUACCUCUGUUUUAUUGAUUGUACAUUGUUAACAUCAACCUGCCUAGGGUCAAAGGAUGGAAAUUAGCCACUGGCUACAAUCCUACAUAUUUACAUGCAAGUGUUUAAUAAAAUGUAC